GCAAAAUACCUAUUUUCCAACAUUGACGAUAAAUUAUGUAAUGAUUUUAUUUUACAAGUACAAUACAAAAAUCUUAAGAUAUUAAACAAAACGGGGUCCUUGGUUUCACAAUGGUUUCUUUUUGCAACAUUUUUCGAUAGAUUGGAAAGUGCAAGAUUGUCUUGUAGUGAAUCGUGACUGUCAAAUAUAUAUUUUGACAGUGUGUAAUCUGUCUGUCUGCAUUUGACAAGAAUUUUAUAACCAAACCAUGUUUGUCAUGAUAUUUCUUGAUAGAUUUUCGUGAUACAAUUUGUUGAGCGGUUGUGCAAUAUUGAUUAAACGUAUUUAUUUAUUGUUAUAAAAUAUAAAGUGUAGUCUAUCAGCAUGUGGAAAGGUCUUAGAUUAACACAAUCCCAGUUAUCAAAACUCCAUUUCAAUGGCCACAAACUUCAGCCUGUCGGUGUGCCAGCUUUAGAUUCUGUGUUAAAUCAGUGGUACGAGUUCUGCAAGAAGCCUCCGAAGGGUUUCGAGAAGUAUUUCCAGCCUGGCACCAGUCAAAAACAGCCGAAAAUCCCAGAUAAAGAAGGAUCACCGGCCCCUUCAAAAAGUUCGCCUUCAUCUCCGAAACCCAGUAGCUCACAAGACAAAUGGAAUAUAAAUAUGUUUUCAAACACCGGAGGUGGCAGAGGAGGAGGCGGGCGCGGUGGUUACGAAGGCCAGGAUCGAGAGAAAUGGAUGAUGUUCGGAGCUAUGGGUGUCAUGACUUUGCUUGCCUCAUUCGCUUAUUUCGAAAUGAGAUACAAAGAAAUAAGUUGGCGCGACUUCGUAAAUUUAUACUUAAAUAAAGGCACAGUUGAAAAACUAGAAGUAAUCAAUAAGAAAUGGGUGCGUGUAAAGUUACAACCUGGUUCAUCUUUAGAGAACAAAAUCAUUUGGUUCGCAAUCGGCAGUGUAGACUCUUUUGAAAGGAAUUUGGAGAAUGCUCAGACGGAAAUCAGUGUUGAUCCACCUAAUUUUGUUCCUGUUAUUUAUAGAACUGAAGUGGAAGCGGCCAGUUUGACUGGGUUGCUGCCUACAUUGUUAAUCAUAGGAUUUUUGAUCUAUAUGAUGAGAAGAUCGGCUGACAUGAUGGGCCGCGGUGGCAGGAAGGGUGGGGGUCUAUUUGGAGGUGUCAUGGAGUCUACAGCUAAGCUAAUAAAUCCUACAGACAUUGGUGUUAAGUUUCAAGAUGUAGCUGGCUGUGAAGAGGCUAAAAUCGAAAUUAUGGAGUUUGUAAAUUUCUUGAAGAAUCCUCAGCAGUAUAUCGAUCUUGGGGCUAAAAUCCCUAAAGGAGCAUUGCUUACAGGACCCCCUGGUACUGGUAAGACGCUUCUUGCCAAGGCAACAGCGGGGGAAGCCAAUGUUCCUUUCAUAACUGUAUCCGGUUCAGAAUUCUUAGAGAUGUUUGUCGGUGUUGGUCCUUCUAGAGUACGUGACAUGUUUUCCAUGGCCCGUAAACAUGCUCCCUGCAUUCUGUUUAUUGAUGAAAUUGAUGCUGUAGGGAGGAAGAGGGGCGGUCGUAGUUUCGGCGGCCAUUCAGAGCAGGAAAACACAUUAAAUCAACUUCUAGUUGAGAUGGACGGCUUUAACACUACUACAAAUGUUGUGGUGCUUGCUGCCACAAACAGAGUUGAUAUUUUAGAUAAGGCUUUACUCAGACCGGGCAGAUUUGACCGACAGAUCUUUGUGCCUGCUCCAGACAUCAAGGGAAGAGCUUCCAUCUUCAAAGUGCAUUUAGGGCCGCUGAAGACUGGCUUGAAUAAAGAAAACUUGGCUAGAAAGAUGGCUGCAUUAACUCCAGGUUUCACUGGCGCAGACAUCGCGAACGUGUGUAACGAAGCAGCCUUGAUAGCCGCCAGGGAGCUAGCCUCCGGGAUCAGCAUGAAAAACUUCGAGCAGGCCAUUGAAAGGGUUGUUGCCGGCAUGGAGAAGAAAUCCAAUGUCCUCCAACCCGACGAACGCAAGAUAGUCGCUUACCAUGAGGCCGGACACGCUGUGGCCGGAUGGUUCUUACAGCAUGCUGAUCCCUUACUGAAAGUAUCUAUCAUCCCCAGAGGAAAAGGCUUAGGGUACGCCCAAUACUUGCCCAAAGAACAAUAUUUAUACAGCAAAGAACAAUUAUUUGAUAGAAUGUGCAUGACUCUAGGAGGACGAGUUAGUGAAGAACUAUUUUUCGGAAGAAUCACAACCGGAGCUCAAGACGAUCUGAAGAAGAUCACUCAAAGCGCAUACGCACAAAUAGUCCAUUAUGGAAUGAAUGCUAAAGUCGGCAAUGUAUCUUUUGAAAUGCCUCAACCAGGAGAAAUGGUUAUCGAUAAACCAUAUUCAGAAAGGACUGCCGAAUUAAUCGAUUCUGAAGUUAGAGAUUUGAUUUCUACUGCGCAUAGGCAUACAACAGAGUUGCUGACGAAACAUAAGGAUAAUAUUACUAAAGUGGCAGAGAGGUUGUUGAAGCAAGAGAUUUUGAGUAGGGAUGAUAUGAUAGAACUAUUAGGGCCUAGGCCAUUCCCGGAGAAGAGUACUUAUGAAGAGUUUGUUGAAGGAACAGGGUCAUUGGAGGAAGAUACUACAUUACCGGAAGGUUUGAAGGAUUGGAACAAAGAAAAGCAACCGACAACUCCACCGCCAGCAGAAAGCAUACCAACAGGGGCUAGCAGUAAAAAUUAAGUUGUAUAAUUGUUUUUGGACGUAAACAAAUGGCGGACGACAUUGUAACAGCGUGAAAAGCUAAUUUUAUAAAUGCAUUUGUAGCUUAAGAUUGAGUGUAAGGUCUGGACCCAAGAACCUGUGCAAACUUCCAAGACUUAUCAACAAAUUUUGUUACAUACAUAAACUCGUGUACAGUCAGGGUAAGAAAAAGCUAUGCCAGUUUUAUCUGCCCCCCACUGUACUAAUGAGUGAAAUCAUUGCUUGUUUUUAUAUACUAGGAAAGUAACCAAAUUUAGUGAAACCGCUCAACAGGAUUGAUCGGGUAUUUUAUGUAUUCAAGCUUAGCAUUCAAAUACAUAAAUGAUAAUAGAUACAUCACCGCUGAAAAUGUCAUCUCAGCGGUGGUUCCGUGACCAGUAUUGCUUCAAAUAAAAAACGAGUCAUUAUAUAACCAAUAAUUCGUAGAACUUAUCUGUUUAUACCAUGACAUCAUCUGAACUUUUUGUAACGUAGAAAUUAUAUUUUAUAGUUCACUCUUCAAAUCUUUGCUUCAUUUGUAUGAAUGAUAUGUCGUCCAUUUUUAUGCGUCUAUUUGUUGAUCAAUUUGUGAAUUUACCUUUAAGAGGUUUGUUUGUUUUGUUAAUCAUAAUGUGUAGAAUGUCUUAGAUUAUUUUGUUGCAAGUAUUUUUUAAGUCUGACAGGCCGAACUAAAAUCAAGAACAUUACUUUAAGAACCGAGUCAGACCAAGGCUGUUCGCAUUUUUAAAAGUGUAAUAUAGCCGUUGUGUAGUACGCUUUUUGUAACAUAAAUAAAUUCUAGUACAUAUGUCA